GGGAUGAUGAAUCGUUUUGAACAUUUAUGGUGGUUUACCUGCUUGUAGCUUCAGAUCAAGUAUCUGUCAGUCAUACCAUAGCGGUGCACUUGGAUGGUGGAAGCACGCGGGUCGGUUCAAGACUUCAAAGAUCCAACAUCCGCAAGCCAGCCUUCUUCAUUACUCUUUGCUCGAAGCGGGUCAAAAAUCCCUAGAUCCAACAUCCAGAACAUGACCAUAAUGCCCUUCUUCUUCUUCUUCGUCGUCGUCGUCUUCCUCUUCCCAUGUAUAUAUAAAACGAUCCCUCGCGAUGGCCAUUUCGAUCUGUUCCUUCCUCUUCCCAGAUUUCCCUCCGCGAGGGGUCGAAUUACGGGGGAUGGACCCGCUGUCGGUGCUGCGGGAGUACGCGAUCCGGGGAGAGCUGGACCGUGUGGUCCGAUCGGACGACGAGCUCCGGUUCGGCUCCGACUACGCCUUCCCCUGCUCCGCCAUCACCGGGUACCGCUCCAAGCAAGGUGGUUUCUACACCCUCGACGCCCUGCUCUUCUUCGCCCGCCACCACCACCUUAAGCACACCGAGUAUCUCCAAUCCGCCCGCCAACACCGCGUCCCCACCGUCACCUUCCCGGACCGCAAGCCAAUCCUCGACUACCUCCUCGGCCGCACCGCCUCCUCUGACGCCGUCUCCCUCCUCCCCCCUCCCUCCUCCGCCGUCGAGGAGUAUCGCCCGGACGAAUCCUCCCUCCCCCUCGACGAACCGCCAUCCGCCGCCGCCACAGAGACCUUGGCAGAUGUCCCCCCCGCUGCCGCCGCGACCGCCGUCGACUACGUCGCCAUGAUCCGCUCCAUGGAGCGGCCCCUCAAAGAUCGUGAGUCCCUUCUCGAGUGCCGCAACCGCGACUUCCACGCGGUGCUCCUGGCGUCCACCAAGCGCGAGGAGGAGCGGCAGCGCCUCGAGUCCCAGCAGCGAAAGGACAGCCUCGUCGCCAAGACCCGCCUCAUCAGCUCCGACGAUCACCACCGGCCCGUCGUCUCCGCGUACGGAGGCGGUGGCAGCGGAGACGAUGCAGCAGGCGCCGCCGCGCCCAAGCCCAAGAUGCACCUCAAGGGAAGCAAGAUCGGGGAGGGGGUGCCCAUCAUCAUGGUGCCCAGCGCGUUCCAGACCCUGAUCACCAUAUACAACGUCAAGGAGUUCUUGGAGGACGGGGUGUUUGUGCCGAGCGAUGUGAAGGUGAAGGCGGUGCGGGGGCCAAAGCCCGAUUGUGUGACAGUGCAGAAGAAACUCAGCCGGGAUCGCGUGGUGGCCGCCUAUGAGGUGAGGGAUAAGCCAUCCGCGUUCAAGCCCGAGGACUGGGACCGUGUCGUGGCCGUGUUCGUACUUGGGAAGGAGUGGCAGUUCAAGGAUUGGCCCUUCAAAAACCAUAUUGAGAUCUUCAAUAAGAUUAUCGGGUUUUACGUGCGUUUUGAGGAUGAUAGCGUGGAAUCUGCAAAAAUAGUGAAACAGUGGAAUGUAAAGAUUAUAUCAAUUAGCAAACAUAAAAGACAUCAGGACAGGGCGGCUGCUCUGGAGGUGUGGGAUCGGCUCGAAGAGUUCACACGGUCACGGUCGCAUGCUUGAAGUGCUUAACGAGUUCGAUGUGUGUGUGUGUGUGUUUUUUUUUUUUGUUUGUUACUGGAUUUAAGAUCCUCAUCCUUGUGCUUAAAGACUUAAAUCUCAGUGCCUGAAACAGUGCUGCUGCAGAUGUUGUUAAGCUGCUUAUAUUUGUCCGGUACAACAAUAAAGGAUCGGUUUAUGCAAUUUUACCUUUCAGUUUCUUGUAUU